AUGGUCCGGGUAUGUGGUGCUGGCCUGUCCUGUGGUCUGUGGGGUAGAUCUGUGUCAGAGAGUUUGUAUAAAGAGGGAGAUGUGAUCAUUGGUGGUCUGUUUCCUGUUCAUUUUGAAGCACCAGAGCCUGAACACGAUUUCAUUCGAUUACAGAAGGGUGCUCAAUGCCAGGAUGUUGACCUUCGUUCCUACCGCUGGCUCAAAGCGAUGAUCUUCACAGUUGAGGAGAUUAAUCGGGACCCCGUCCUGCUCCCGAAUUUUAUUCUGGGGUAUUUUAUAGCCGACACCUGCCUUGCUGAAGGCACAACCCUGAGUGCUGCUUUAGCUUUGGUAACAGGACAGGAGGAGAAAGUGUCUGGAGAAGAGUGCAGCGGAGCCCCGAUGGUGCCUGUCAUUAUCGGAGAUGCCCGUUCUUCUGCCUCAAUGGUGGUGGCGGACACACUGGGAGUGUUUGAUAUUCCCAUGGUGAGUUACUUUGCGUCCUGUGCUUGUCUCAGUGACAGUCGCAGAUUUCACACUUUCCUGCGCACUGUUCCCA